CAUACUGCCAGUGACUGCACUGAUAUGACUGUAUGUGAUUUAUCUGAUAAUGUGUCUGCAGAGGGGAGCGCUUCACAGUCUGUGUGGGAUCUGGGGUCAUCUCUGGGGUCAGGUCCACCAUUAGUUCAGCCUUCAGAGGCUUGUGACCCCCAGAGUAUAGAGGUUGAUGGUGGGGAGGGGGCUGUACAGUCUGAUGCACAACACUUCCCCCCUUUAGUCACACAAGUGUCAGACCCCCCUAGUACGGCUGGUCAGCAGCCACCACAGCGCCCCCAAGUACAGCAGGAGGGUAGAAGUAGUGGCGCCUCCUCUGGUAAUGCCUGGAGUCGUGGGUCACCAUUCAUGUCUAAUGUAAACUACACGGGUCAGGCUUUCAAGAGGAGGAACGUGGUCAGGUUCAGACAUAGAGGGGCCAAGGAGGAGCUGCCUGACAGGAGGUUUGUGGUCCGUGAACUUCUGUGCCACCAAAUGGGCUUCCUGCCAUCUAACAUCCUGGCAGUGAUAAACCUUCCUGACAGGCAGGGCUAUGACGUCAGCUUCAAACUCAUGUCUGACCUGGACCGCUUCUGGGCCCAUGUCACCCGGGUGAGAGAUGCUGAUGGCUGGAAUAAGUUCAGCUUUGUCCCCAUCUCCAGACCGGACACAGCGAAUGUCACCAUUAUAUUCUGGAACGAGUCUGUCCCCCCCCAGGAUAUUGUUGUAUGGUUAAAAAGGCACUGUGACCUAAUGUCAGACCUGACUAAGACCAGGGAUGAGGACGGCAUAUGGACGGGAGGGUGGAAGGUCCUGGUGAAGUUACGGCAGAUUAAUAACAUUACCCAACAUCUGCCCAAUUCAUUUUUCAUUGGUCGGGAGAAAGGGGUUUGUUUCUAUGCAGGUCAGCCCAGAAAAUGCUUCAAGUGUGGGAAGACCGGUCAUAUCGCGAGUGUGUGCACCCUGGUGAAGUGUAAUUUAUGUGGGGAGAUCGGCCAUGUCAGCGCCACCUGCCAGAACAUCCGCUGCAACCUCUGUGGAGACACGUUUAAAUACUCAAGGACUGUUACGUGAAGCAGAGCGUGAAUGGCGGUCUGGUCCAUCCUUUUGGUCACUGGCUGUGGAACCAAGUGCCGGGGUCUCUAUCCUCUUUACCACCAAUGAUGUAACUAUACAUAGGCUGACAGAGGUAUUGAUGGGAAGGUGCCUAAUGCUAGAAGUUACUAUUCGGGGUAGAAGGCUCCGACUCAUUAAUAUCUAUGGUUCACAGACAGUGACUGAAAGGGUUAACCUUUAUAAUGAAGUGAAGCCAUAUCUCUUCACGUCUGUCCCUGUCAUCUUGGCUGGAGAUUUUAAUGCCUCCAGAACAACUAGUGAUAGAUCCUCUAAUAGACCUCUAACCCGAGACUUCAAGGUCUUAAACAGCAUCAUUCUACAGGCCGGGUUGUCAGAUGUG